CCUAAAGUUGACUGAAUAUUUUAAACUAUUACACAAAACUAUCAUUACCAUUUAAUUUUUUUCUCCUAUUGAUGUAAUUUAUCGAUUUAUAAAUACAUAACGUUUAUUUAUUAAUAAACAGCUGAAAUCUAUGACAAAGAAAAUUGAUCAUUUCUCUCUUUUGCAGCUUUCAGUAAGAAUGUAUGGACUUUUUAAUAUAAAUGAUAUAUGUGGAGGAUGAGUUAGUUAUCUAGGGAUUAGAACAUAAUCUUGCUGUAUUGAAUGAAGCAAGUAUGAUUAAUAGGAGUAGAAGAAAGACAGUCGCUUCUAAUACUACUGAAAAUGUUCAUAGUGAACUUCAAAAAUUUCUACCAAAACGUUUGAAAUUGAUUGAAAUAACUCUUUCGCAGAUUCAAGAUUCCAAGGUUGUUUUAAAGAGGCUUACUGAUAGUCAAAUUAGAAAAUAUAAACAAACAACCAAUUCUAAAACGAAUAAUAAAGAUAUGGAUCUUGAUAAGAACUCAAAAAAUGGUAUGAGUUUGCAGAAUUUACAAUCUACCUAUCCAGAGAGAAACCCUGCUAACAUAAAUAUGACUGUUACUAGAGUAGAAGGAAUUUGCCAAAAUAAUUUAAAUAAUGUUACAACUAGCGAUGGUGUGCAAUACAAGGAUGCUACAACUUAUUAUCAAUGCAUCCUAUGCUCCAACUACGGAAUUUGUAAAAAAAAACUGCUGGAACACUAUGAAUUAGUGCAUAGGAUUAGAGGAGAGGACAUUUUCUAUUCUCACUACAACCAGAAUUAUUUCAUAAAUGGAUCUCUUUCUGCAAGUGGUGAAAUUCUAAGACGAAUAAACUGCAGUCACAAAUGCCGAAGUUGCCAUCAUAGUACUCUCAAUCUUAAUCAUGCUCUCUAUCACGCAAAUCAACUUCAAACUGAUUUUACUUGCGGAGUCUGCUCCUAUAUCAAUUCGAAAUCUGAUUUAAAAGCUUUUCCAAAUUGGCGACAAUUAUUACAAUCUUUUCUUAUAGUUUCAACAAACGUAUAUUAUCCCUCUCCUUCUCCUACUCCUAGUCCUCCUGCUCCUCCUCUUUCUCUUUCUCCACCACCUCUGGAUUUGAGACUAAAAAAACCAUCUUAUAACCAUAAUUCCCAAAUUGAAAAGAAGUAUGAUUUUUCAAAAUAUCAUUUCGAUUUCUCUCAUCUAAUUUCAAAUUUCAACAGUUUACCAAGCUUAAAGAAUCUGAGUUUAUCAAUGACAAACACAAAUGAGAAUCAACGAAAAGUUCAUCAUAAUGAAAAUGGCGGAAUUAAUUUACAAGAGGAGAAUAACAUGGUUGAAAUAAGAGAGAGUAAGAAGAGAAAAUUGCAGAAUAGAUUAGUUUUUUACAGUUGUAAGAUAUGUGGUAAAAAUUCAAAAAAGAGGAAAGGUUUACUUGAUCAUCUGAGGGAGCAUGUUGCAGAUUAUGCUUAUAUUUGCAUGGAAUGUCCAGUAAAAUUCGUUUCAUUAACAUCAAUAAAACACCAUUUAAGUAUUCAUCAUCCAAAUUCCAAAAUUGGAUUUAAAUUUGAAUUAAAACAAAAUAUGGAUAAUCUUUGUUUAAAGAAGAUUGGAUUUAAGCAUAAACUAUCUACAAUCAAUAUUAAUGACGAGGAUGAAAGUAUUCCUAUUGCUUUUCCAGCCAAUUCGCUUGACAAGGUUACCUUGAAAAAUUUAACAUGGACUACAAUGGCAUAUGGUAAAAGUAGUCGAAUAACAACACCCUCAUCACAUAUCAUUGAAAAUAGGAUAGACCAUUCGGCAAUAGAUUUAAAUGAAAUGGAAAAUUAA